AUGGCUUCACUCUCCACACUAACACCAACUUCAACUUCUCUCUCUUUUUUCUCUUCUUCAAUCUUCAUCUCUAACCCAUCAAAAACCCUAACUCACUCCAAAUUCAAAUUCCUCCCAAAUUCAAAUUCAACUUCUCUCUCAAUCUCUUCCAAACUCGCCACGCUUCCGCUCCUCUCAUUCUCCGGCGAAAAAAUCGGCGAAGCCACCCUCGACAUCAAAUCCGCCGCACCAGACACCUCCCGCGCCGUCGUCCACCGCGCCAUUAUCCACGACCUCCAAAACAAGCGUCGCGGCACCGCUUCCACACUAACCCGCGCCGAAGUCAGAGGUGGUGGCCGAAAGCCCUACGGUCAAAAGAAAACCGGCCGAGCACGUCAGGGUUCUAUCCGUACCCCGCUCCGACCUGGCGGAGGUGUGAUUUUUGGUCCGAAGCCGCGUGACUGGAGUAUCAAGAUUAACAAGAAGGAGAAGAGGCUUGCGAUAUCGACUGCGGUGGCGAGUGCGGCUGUGAAUACUGUUGUGGUGGAGGAAUUCGGAGCGGAGUUUGAGGAGAGUCCGAAGACGAAGGAUUUCAUUGCGGCUAUGAAGAGAUGGGGGCUGGAUCCGACGGAGAAGGCUACAUUUCUGAUGACGGAGGUUUCGGAGAAUGUGUUGCUUGCUAGUAGGAAUAUUGGGAGUUUGAAGAUAUUGACGCCCAGGACGCUGAAUUUGUAUGAUAUUUUGAAUGCUGAUAAGAUUGUGCUUACACCGGGUGCUGUGGAUUAUUUGAAUGGCAGGUAUGGGUUUAGUGAACAAGAUGAUGGUGACUAUGAUGAAGAAGAGGGUGACAUUGUAGAACAAGUAGUAGAGGAUGGCCAAGAAGGACCAGACACAGAAGAAAGUACCGGUGUUGUGAAUUGA